AUGGAGUGGACGCAGAGCAACGGGCACGCAGGAAAAAGGAGGCUCAUUCUACAGUCUACACCGUACCGAGCUCCUCCGCGUCGUAGGCGUAGCAAAAUCAGCAAGGCAAAAACGAAGCAGAGGCCAGGGACGCGCCAGCGCGAGCGAUAAGGCACACUGCCAUGGCCGCCACCACGGCGUACUCCACCGCGCUUCUCGGCGGGGCGCGCCUCCCCUCUGCAAGAGGAGCCGCCGCACCGCCCUCCUCCCUCGGCCUCCUCCCGCUGCGGUCUCCGCUCCCUCUCCGGCUCCAAGUCCAAGAUUCUGCGCCGCCGAGGCUGUCGCUGCUCCGGGUGAAGGCCUCCUCCGAUGACUCCUCGGCCGCCAGUGGGGACGAGCUCAUCGCCGACUUGAAAGCCAAGUGGGACGCCGUCGAGAACAAGAGCACUGUCCUCACCUACGCCGGCGGCGCCGUCGUCGCUCUCUGGCUGACGUCCGUCAUCGUCGGCGCCAUCAACUCCGUGCCUCUGCUCCCCAAGAUCAUGGAGCUAGUCGGGCUCGGCUACACCGGAUGGUUCGUCUACCGCUACCUUCUCUUCAAGGAAAGCAGGAAAGAGCUCGCCGACGACAUCGAGUCACUCAAGAAAAAGAUUGCUGGUUCAGAGCCGAGGAUUGCCAGCGUAGCUGGACAAGGUAAUGGUUGCUAGCAGGCCGAGGUGUUUGCUAGCUUAGCUCUCCUCUUCCGAGAGAAUUAGCAUUUGGACUCGGCCGAGGUGUUUGCAAGCAAGCACGGAGAAGUCGUAAUCCUUGAUGAUGGUGUUUGCUAGCUUAGCUCUCCUCUUCCGGCUUCUCCGUGCUUUUCCCUCCCUGGCUAAAUCACUGCUGCCACAGUGGUUACAGGCUUGAAAUUGACAACAUCAAUAGCAAUUUGCUUUGAUGAUAUACCUAUUUAUUCGUUAUAUAUCCUGCUCGACGAUGAUAUUCUGAGUUCAAAAUGCAGUAGCGUAUGCAUUUACUCGUGUGUAAUUUCAAACUCCUUUCGUCUUAAUGAAACACGGGUGGCAGCCCUGUUCGCGAAAAAAAAUUUACUCGUGUGGUUGUGUCAGUUCAUUAGCUCCAACAGUGCGUUUUUAAAGUCCUAAAAAUGUACUUUUGAUCUUAAUAGACCUAUAAGCAAUAUAUAGGGGCAUAAUUUAAUGGGCCGCCAAUGCAUUUAGCUCUAACAUUAUGCUGCAUGGUUGUUAUAUCAUCGUGGAGUAUAGCAGGUUGCUUGGUUUAGGUGUACUCCAACAGAAAUUUCUCCUUGCUCUCUGAGAACUUGUAAAGAAAAUAUUAGAAAGUUGGGAUUUGGGGAUAGGAUGUUCUGGUGGAUUAUUGCAGUAGCGGCAUCUCACAGGAUCGUCGCUUGGAAUGCCUCGAUGGAUUGUAGCUCCCAGUUUCCAGUAGGCGGUAGUGGGGGACUGAUCAGGUUUAUUGUAUCCCAAAGGUCAAUUGGUCAAGUAGCAAAUCACCGCAUCAUAUAUAGGCAGUGUUGUUUGGAUUCUUUAUCCCUCCUAUGUAUUUUGUUACCAGGUUUAUUUAUUUUUACUAAGCAGUACGUUUUUGUUUCA